CAAUCAUUUCGUGUUUUUGUUAUUGAACGUUCAAAUCGGUCAGAUAUAAUUUUUAAUAAUAUUAAAUUCGUUUUAUUUUUAGUUUUAGCUCUAAAAUCAUUUUCUAAUUAAUUUCCAAAUGGCAUCUUUAACUCAACAAAUGAAUUUAUUUUCCAUGACCAGGAUGGCCCUCACCCUCGGUCCUAGUAUAGGUUUUCUGAUAUAUCUCCAUUCGAGUAUUAUAAAUUUAAGGCCCGAUUUAUUGGAUAGGGAUCACAGAGUUCAAGAUGUACCUUUAUAUCAAAUUAGAGACACCUACGAUUUCGUUAUAGUAGGUGGAGGAAGUGCCGGAACCGUUUUAGCCAACAGACUAAGUGAAAACUCUGAUUGGAAAGUUUUACUUCUCGAAGCAGGACCUGAUGAAGUAGUUUUUACUGACUUACCAAUAAUGUUUCCUGUUUUACAACUAACUCCUUUCGAUUGGCAAUAUCGAACUGAACCCGGUGAAAAUUACUGUUUGGGUUUUCACGACAAAAGGUGUAAUUGGCCGAGAGGAAGAAUCCUUGGAGGCAGCUCUGUACUAAACGCUAUGCUUUACGUGCGAGGAAAUAAAAAAGAUUAUGAUAGAUAUAGAGAUUUGGGGAAUGUGGGAUGGAGCUAUGAAGAUGUUUUACCAUAUUUUAAAAAAUCAGAAAAUAUGACGAUUCCCGAAUUCAGAAAUGAUAAAUACCACGGUAAAAACGGUUAUUUGACUAUCGAACAUUUCAGAUACUUUUCCAAACUUGUAGACUGGUUCUUAAAUGCUGCCCAAGAAUUAGGUUACGAAGUGAGAGACAUCAACGGGGAACAACAAACUGGUUUCACUUUGGCACAUGGUACUUUAAGAGACGGUCUUCGAUGUAGUACAGCAAAAGGAUUUAUACGACCCAUUGCUAAAAGAACCAAUCUUCAUGUUAGUUUACAUUCAAUGGUAGAAAAAAUUCUAAUAAACGAAGAAACUAAACAAGCCUACGGUGUUGAAUUCAGUAAAUUUGGAACCAAACGAACCGUACACGUAGCAAAAGAGGUUAUAUUGAGCGCGGGAGCUAUCGGAUCACCGCAUCUUCUAAUGUUAUCGGGUAUAGGACCGAAGCAGCACCUCGAAGAUAUCGGAAUAAAGGUUACACAUCAUUCUCCAGGCGUAGGACAAAAUUUACAGGAUCACGUAUCUAUUGGUGGUGUCGCGUACCUUUUUGACAGGCCUGAGGAAUUUGGCGACGAACCUCUCAGUUUCAAUUUACCGAAAAUAUUUUCUACAGAUACCGUGAAUGAAUUUGGGCGAGGAUACGGUCCAGUUUACUGGUUACCUGUAUGCGAGGUUAUGGGUUUCGUAAACACCAAAUAUCAAGAUCCCAAAGAAGAUUGGCCUGACAUACAAUAUUUUUUUGGUUCUUUCGCUGAUAGCUCCGACGGAGGUAUGUUUGGUCGAAGGGCAGUUGGAAUGACGGAUGAAUUUUACACAGCCGUUUAUGAGGAUAUCAUUUAUAGAGAAGCUUUCGGUAUCUAUAUUCUUCUUUUACGACCAAAAAGUCGAGGAAUGAUUAAAUUGAAAGAUAAAAAUCCUCAGUCGCACGUAUUGAUUUAUCCAAAUUACUUCGACCAUCCAGAUGAUUUGAAAGUAAUAGUAGAAGGUGCUAAAAUUGCUCACAAUUUGACAAAAACUAGAUUCAUGCAACGAUUCAAUGUAACUUUUAAUCCACAUCGUAUACCAGGUUGUAAGGAUUUGGACUUUUUGUCUGACGAAUAUUGGGCGUGUCAAGCGAAACAUUAUACAUUAACAAUAUACCAUCCAACGGGUACAGCAAAAAUGGGCCCGGACAAUGAUUCUAUGGCAGUUUUAGAUCCGAGGUUACGUGUACGGGGAAUAGAUAAUUUGAGAGUUGUAGAUUGCUCCAUAUUUCCGUAUAUACCUAACGGAAAUACCAACGCUCCGGUCAUAAUGGCAGCCGAAAAGGCGUCCGAUAUGAUUAAGGAAGAUUGGGGAGUUAUGAAUAACGAUUCAGAUGAAGAUGUAAUUGAAAUCGUUGAUAUUGAUGAUGAUGGUAAAUUAUUUAUUGAAAUAUACAUUGUGAAAAAUGUUUGCCUGUCCUACCCAUUAAUCGUUGCAACCCCCUUUAGCUUUUAUUAUUUUGGUACAAAAUUCUGUAAAUUCGAUAAAUAAUCGUCAUCUAUUUAGUUUCAGUCGUUUUUCAGGAUACUCCAAAGAUGUGAAGUGGAAGUAGGACACUGAUUUUUGACUUUCCUGUUCAAUUUGUACCAAAACAACUCAAUUGGGUUGAGGUCGACCAAAUAACAACUUUCAGUACAUUCUUAUUUUCAAAUUUAUUUAAAUACUCUUUGCACAGCUUCGAGAAACGCUUGGGAUCGUUGAUACGUUGGAAGAUAAAUUUUUUGCUGAUCAGGCGCUGCUACUACAUUUUCCUUUAAUAUUUGUUCAUACUCUUCUUUCUUCAAAUUCAAAAGGUUUUUAUUUUUACCAUGUUUCCGAACGUUCUUUCUCUAAACCAUCUCCAAAUCAUCAUUCUUUGACACUCUAUAAAUCUCUCUCCUAUUCUUCAUAGAAAGUUGUCUUGGUUCAAAAAGUAUAAAUCACAACACGUUCUUGCGUCUCCUAGGGUUAACGGGGACUAAACUACAAUCAUAAACAUCAGUCGUUCUUUCUCUAAAACAAAUCCAAAUAAUCACCGUGUCGUCGCCGUGUUUUACAGUCCGGAUUAUACUUGGAUAUUAACGUCUAUUUUUCUUUGACACUCUUUUCUUGGAGUCAAAAAUAUCAAAGUUUGACUCAUAACUCUAUAAAGCUCUCUCCUAUUCUUCAUAGAAAGUUGUCUUGGUUCAAAAAGUAUAAAUCACAACACGUUCUUGCGUCUCCUAGGGCUAACGGGGACUAAACUACAAUCAUAAACACCAAAAAAAGAAUUCACAGUUAAAGAAUAAUAAACAAAUAAGCCGGUACUUACAAUUUUUAACUCUCAUUUUAAAACAAAAAUUUAGGUAACUAUUAAAAGAAAUCGCUUACUGAAAUUUGUUUUGUAGACAUUUUGGGAUCGAAAAGUGACCAAGCAAGACCAGUGGUUAAGGCAGUACUUAAGCAAGUCCCAACUAGAGAAGAUCCCGAUUAUUGGUAAAUCUUAUACCUACUCAAUACUAUGAUAAUACUAAUUUUAAUAAAGAAUUUUUGAAACAAA